AUGCGCCUCCCACAACCCUCCGGCGGUAUGGGCCGCACGAAAAACAUCAUUCACUUCGUCCAGGCCUUCGUCAUCUUCAUAGCAUGGGCGAUGACCAUUGCUAUCUGGACGAAGGGCGGCUCGGGCAUCGACGGCCGGACAGCCUGGUACUGGGUUUUGUGCUGGUUCAGUAUCCCCGGUCUGAUCUACCUCGUCGCCGUGCCCAUGUGGCCGCGCGCCCGCCGCUUCGGCAAUGUUUACGCCUUUGCGACCGUCGAUAUCCUCUAUGCCGUCCUCUGGUUUUCCGCCUGGGCUGCUGUGGCUGACUACGUUGCUGAGGGCAAGAGCAAGGGUGCUUCCUCGUCCUCGGAUAGCAGCAAUAGCAGCAGUGGUAGCAGCAGCAACAGCAAGUCCACUCGCGCGGACAAGAGCAGCUCCGGUGGCAGCAGCGGCAAGUCCGGCUGCGAUAACUGGGCCUAUGGUAGUGCCAGCAAGUGUGAGCUGAGCACGGCGACCACCAUUAUCGGCGUCGUGAUCUUCCUCCUCUUCGCCGUCACAGCCUACCUAUCCUUCCGCAACGUGAUGCACUUCCGCCGCACGGGCACUCUUCCAGACGCUGUCUCAGACCCGACCUUCGCUGCACAGAGCAAAGCCGCCUUUUCAUCGAACCCGGCCCACGACUUCGAGGAAGAGGACGACUUCCGUUCCGGCCGCGCCGGCGGAAUGGACAACCAUCCCGGCAGUGACCGCGACGAGGACUAUGCCCUGCUGCAGCAGAGCGAAAUCGACGACAUGGGCAACCCGAACGGCCGGAAUGCCCUGCACGGCGCCUACGAUCCCACCGCCCCGGCUCCGGCCGGUAUCCUGCAUGACUAUAACAGCUCCGGCUAUAACCCGUAUGGAGGCCCGCCGCCUGCCCAGCACUAUGCUCCGCCGUCGGAAUAUGGGUCGUCGAUGAACGGGAAUAUCGAACCAUCAAUACCCAAAAUUUAA